UUUUCUAUUCCCUCAUCUUUGUUUCCCUUACUGUACAAAUUUCUAACAAAACUUGACCCCGUCACCUUUAAGAGAUACUGCAAACAAACACUAACUGUCGCUGUUAAAAUGUUACGGUGGUUUUGAUGGAAAUUGUUGGUUCUUAAUGCUUUGGAGCAGACUUUAAACCUGGUAGGAGAUCUCGCUGGUAAGCACCUCACAGCCAGCAGGAAGCACACUGCACUGGGAGUGAACUCGGAUGGGAGCAUAACGCACUGCCCUGUGAGCAGAAAGGAGAAUGCACAGUAAGCGAAGAAAUUAUUGCCUUGGAAGAAGCCAUAUUUUCUCAUUCCAGAAUGUUACCGGUAGAUAACAGACUUCGCAACUUACAGAUCUACAAACUUCUCCAGUGUGUUCACCAGAAAGACAAGAAGCAAAUAGAAAAGCUGGUCCAGAAUGGAUUCCCAAACCUCAUCAAUUUCACCGAGCCUACGGAUGGGCUUAGUGCUCUUUCUUUGGCCUGCAUUAAGAAUGACAUUGACAUGUGCAGUUUCUUGCUACAGCGGGGAGCUCAUCCAGACAUUCAGGACAAAAAGGGAUGCACUCCAGCAAUGAAGGCAGCUGAGCUAGGCCACAACUUGGUUUUGGAGUUACUAGCAAAAACUAAAGCAGACAUGACUAUUGUUGAUAAUGAAGGGAAAGGUGUUUUGUUUUACUGCAUUUUACCUACAAGACGCCACUAUCACUGCACUCAAAUUGCUCUGGAUUACGGUGCAGAUAUUAACAACUGUACUACUGAUGGGAAGCCUGUAUUUCUACAAGCCUGUGAGCAAGCUCACAAUAUUAAAGAAAUAUGUCUGAAUUUAUUGGAAAGAGGAGCAAAUCCCAAUGCAAGAGACCCAGUUACAGGUCGCACAGCCGUAAUGGAAGCAGCAAGGGAAGGUGUUCUUGAGGUGGUGCGUGGUAUACUUGAGAGAGGAGGUGAUAUUAACCUAUUUGACAAUGAGAGACACAAUGCUGCACAUUUUGCAGCCAAAGGAGGCUUCUUUGAGAUCUUGAGGAUUAUUUCAGCUUAUAAUGGAGACUUGGGUCUGAUUGCCAUGAAUGGUAACACACCUCUUCAUUAUGCUGCGGAGGGAGGAUUUGCAAAUUGCUGCAAGUUUAUAGGACAAAGAGGCUGUGAUCCUACAUGGACAAACUUGUUAGCUAAGACUCCAAGAGCUGUUGCCAAGGAAGGAGGCUUUAAAGCAGCAACAACGGAAUUGCGUAAAAUUGAAAAGAACUUUAUGAAUCAGUCCAAGCCUGGAGCUAAGGAGAACAACCCGCUCUGGGCACUGAGGCUAUACGACUGGUCCUUAGAGCACCAGACUGCCCUCCUCCAGGCGUUUGAGGCUGUCGACCAAGGAGAUGGAACUGUAGCCAAAGAUGAUUUCAUAUCAGUUAUUCAGAAGCGGUGUGCCUUUGUGGACACUGAGCAAAUACAAACUAUUGCUGAACUGCACGAAAAAUCUGAUCCUGAAGGAAUCAACACUGAAGAAUUUUUUAAAGGCUUUAAGUACUUGCAGAAAAACUGUCUUAUAACAUCCUUUGGACCCAAAGGGAAGAAAGGAAAGAAAGGGAAGAAACGAAGAGGCAAAAAGAGCAUUGCUGUCCCUAUGCCAAUUUGUGUUAUUCCAAAGAGGGAAUGCCUGCUUAGGGAAGAUGGCUUCCCUGUAUACAUGAUUGAGGCUGUUCAGAGCAUUGCUGAUAGAUACCAUGUUAACCAAGACCACCCAUCCGCCCAUCCCGUGCAUGAUGAUCGUGCCUGGUACAUAGAUGAACCAAGGAAAAUGUACAUGAAUAUUAACUUCCUUGUCAGAGCAGGAGACAUUCUAUCUCUACAGAAAGCUUUUGAGGAGGGUGUCCCAGUAGACAUAAAAGAUAAGUAUUACAAAACACCUUUGAUGGCGGCAUGCACAAGUGGGAAUAUGGAUGUUGCGCAGUAUCUCCUGGAAAAGGGGGCUGAUGUGAACGCAACAGACAAUUUCAUGUGGACUCCCCUCCAUCAUGCUUGCUAUAAUGGACACCUAGAUAUUGCUGAACUGAUGGUAAAGGCUGGAGGAGCAGUAGAUGCACCUGCAGUAGGCAAUGCAACACCGCUAAUGAGAGCCAUUGAGAUCUGUAGAUUGGAUAUAGUACAUUUUUUAAUCAAUGCAGGUGCUGAUGUCCAGACAACAAACAGUAAUGGAAAAAAUGCUCUUGAUAUUGCUAAGGUAUUUGCAGAUGAUAGAAUAAUUGAUCUGCUUCAAAAUAAGCUGGACAAUUUACCAAAGAUUACAGAGAAAAAAGGAGCAGAAAAAGGAAAGGCUGCGAAGUCAAAGAUGCCUUCUACACCGACACCUGGAGAAGUACAAGCUGUGAAAAAAGAGCCAUCACAUGCAUCUCUGCCACCUGUAGAAAAAUCCCAUCCUGAGAAACCAGCACAUUCCCUUAAGGACAGCGUUGUUUAUCUGAACUCUCUGAUAAGCAGUGGUGCUAUUAAGAAAGAUGACAUUGCAUUCAAACCCAGAAAAAUUUGGACCCCUGAUGCUGCAACAAAGGAGCUAGUAAGAAAGCAAGAAUUGCUCUGGGAGCGCUCUACUCUUGGUGGAGACUUAGAAAACUUUGAGAGUCCCUUUAAGAGGAAUGUUCCAGAAUAAGCACAUCAGCUGAAAGAAGCUACUUCAACACAUGCUUGAGGGGAAAAAGAUCAGAGGGCUCCUCCACUGUAAGAAAGGGAUCAGGUGGUACUUAGUAAAUUUAUCACAGUUACAGUAAAAAAAAAUAUAUAGCAAGUGUUUCCUCUAUACAUGAUGUUGCUUACACAGCAAUCUUUUGUUAAGAAUUUAGCAUUGGAAAAGAUUUAACCUCGUGAUUGUAAACAUCUGAGCUGGCUCAGUGUACUUUAUGGAAUGGCCACUGCUGUGAAACAUACACCUUUUUUCUUUGUAAAGACAUAGUUUUACCAGGUUGUUUUUCAUCCCAAGAUAAAAAUCCUUCAUAGAAGAUAUAGUUGUUACUACUACUGCUGAGCAUAUUGCUUUCAUGUUCUACCUUGUAGACUUGCAAGAGUGCACAAACCUUCUACCUUGCUCACUGAAGAUGUAUUCCCCAGCUGCACUGUUGCAAAGCUGUUAUCAGUAAGUUUGGAACUGGCCUGAACUUUGAAAAACAUUCAGAAAUUUUGUGAAUGUAAGUUCUUGUACUAAGAGCUACAUCCGUAACUAAUUCACAUCAGUGCCUGCCUUCUCAAACAAAUGAAGCCAACAGAUGAUGUCCUGCCAUUAAAACAAGCUAUAUGUGGAGGGAAAAAUUGGUGUCUUAGAAACAAGCUGACCAGGCUACUGUAAUUUAGUAUGAAGAAGAGGUACUGAAAGUUCAUUAUAGGAAGCAUAUAAUAUCAAGAUUUAUAUCUUAGGACCAGGAUGAAUCUGCUGAGGGAUGCAGCAUUUCCUGAGUACAUCUGCAAAAUAGUUAAGAGCACAGAAGCAAACUUGAUUUGAUGCUUCAAAAAGGCAACAGCAGAUGAUAAGCCUUGAGUAGGCAGAGGCUGAAAACACUGGGAAUGUUUAGCUUAUAGAGCAAAGAAGCAGGAGUGAAUGCCAUGAAAAAUAUUGAAAGAAGCAAAGAAUGUGAAGAAGUAAAACCCAUCUAUCCUUUUGUAGAGUACAAGAACAUUCAGAAUAUUGAAAAAUGCGAAAGAUGGGAGAGUAGCACAUUAAAUAAGACUGUACAAUGUGUAAAUAUCCUGUGGAACCCUCUGCCCAAUUAUCCUUUGAAGCUUAAAAAAAAUAUUUACAUAGCUUGUGAGAAGAGUCUAGUUAAAUAAUGCAUAAGGGAUAAAAUCCCUUGUGUUUCAGGACCUCAGUUAAUAAUGCAGAAAGUUUCCUAGCAAUGCAGUUCACUCCAUGAUCAUACAGUGCAGUGGUAUUUGUGUCCCUUAAGAAAGAAAGACAAUGACACGGGCAAAUAAGAUCAGCAUUAAAAAAAAGAAUACUAUCAAACCAGAUGCUGACACACCUCAAAAAGCCACCUGGGUCCAGAACACAGCUAAUUUAGGAAAUUUCUAUUCCACUUAUUUUUAAACUGCAAGUCUUAAAGUCUGGAGUCUGAGCUUCAAAAUAAGUUAUUUCCUUGUGAUUUGUCAUUACUUGCAAUAAAGACCAAUUUUUGCCAUUGUUGACAUGCAUGUAAUACAGCAUUUCCAUGCCUCAAUUUGCCUAGGUAUGAGGAGAGAAAUGCAUUUGUUAGAACUUUCUGGGGAAAGACUGUACUAUGUCCUUGAAGACACCACUGCUCAUGUGACAUCACAUGCCGCAAAUCCUUUUGAACUCCAGCUGCACAUCCAACUGUUAAAAAUUAGUAGAUACCCAAGACAAAUACAAAGUAAGUAGAUGGGUCUAGUGAGGUACUAGUCGUAUUUUUGAAUAUCACUACUGAAUGUAUCAUUCAGAUAAACACUGUUGUGUAUGAUUGAUUUAUGACAAGUUGCUUACUUUGAAAAAAUAUCCCUAUAUGUGUAGCAUUUUAAUAGUCCAAUAUAAAGGAAAAACCUUAAAGGCAAGUGAGAUACCAUUUCAACACAUCAGCUGUCUUGGAAUUCUUAACAUCAACUUAUCUUUGCCUGUCAGCACAAAACUUCUACUUGGCUGCAGAUGGUUGUGAAUAAAAACAACAGUGAGUGCUGGGCCUAGAAGGCAGUGCAGAGCAGAAUGCUCAUAAACAGUGAUGAAUAAAAUUGCAUCUUUAAAGAA